UACGUGCAUGCCAUGCCAAAUAUUAGCUCAAUAUUGUAAAUGAAUUGGUAUAAAAAUGCGUGCAUUUCAAGUCUUGCAUUUCAGUUACAAAUGCAAGUUACAAAUAAAAUGCUGCUAAAGGUAAUUUUGGUAAUCGCUUCUAUAGCUGGUAUUUCUGCCGAGUCACCUGUGCGAGCGCCAUAUGCACCUGCUGGCUGGCGUCCUCGCGUGCCAUUUGGCUUGCCCGGCAGUCUGGAGUCUAGCUUUGAGAUCAGCAGGCAACGCGUUGAUUAUGCUGGCACUUUCAAUGAGCCUCGCCUCGAUUCCAACUAUUUGCCACCACGCACCGAGUCAAACGAUGUGGGGCAACAGGCUCCAGUGUCCAAGCAAGUGGACGGCGAGACAACGCCAUCUCCACAAUACGGCGCGCCAACUGAUGCCCCAUUUCGCAUUGACUAUCCCGACGAGGAAGUCUCUGCGCCAGCCACUGAUUCGCAAUCGAAUCGGCGAUCAAAUAUUCAAGAGGGUCGCUACUAUAUAGUCUCGGACGAUAAGAAACUGCAGCGCGUGCUCUAUCGCACGGUCCAAAGUCCCGGAGAUGAGCUGACAGCACAGCUUAGGUACUCGCCUGUGGGUAAGCUGCAGGAUCCCGUUUAUAAAUACAAUCGCCUGGGACAAUUGGAGCGGGUGCUGAAGUAA